GUAAUUUCUUAUUAUGAGUCUUAUGGAUCUAACUGAGAAUAUUAGAAAAUUUGCCUGCCUCCUUGCAGAACUUAACAAGGAGGGGCUAGACACUAAACUGAUCGAACUUGGACAGGGCCUCAUUCCCAAAUUGGGCGAUGAUGAGAUUCUCUCACUGGAGGAUGACUUAUUAAAGGUUAAAACUUUAUUCAAAAAUUACCAGGAAGAGAACCCUGCAUGCCAUAAAGAGCAUCAAAUUCAGCUAAAAGAAAAGCCUGUAGUCAAAGCUUAUGUGGAUGGAUGCUAUGACUUGAUUCAUGCUGGUCAUUACAAUGCCUUCAGACAAUCUAGGAAGCUUGCAGACGUUCUAGUUUGCGGAGUAAAUUCAGACUUGGAAGUAUCCAGCGUCAAAGGACCAACAGUGUUUAACAACGAGGAGAGGUGUGCGAUCGUAGGCGCCUGCAAAUGGGUCGAUGAAGUUGCCCCUGAUACAGAGUACACACCAACUGUUGAAACACUCAACAGAUACAAUUGUGAUUUUUAUGUUCAUGGUGAUGACGUUGCUCUAAAUUCAGAUGGAAUUGACAGUAGUCAUGAGUUAAAAGCCGUAGGACGUUUCAAGAUGUUUAAGAGAACCAGAGGGGUAUCUACCACAGAUAUUGCAUCUAAGUUGCUAACUAUUGAUGCAAAGAUGCGUGACAGAAAAGAAUUGGAAAUAGUGGAAGAGGAAAAGACCAAUUUGGAGCCAAUCAACUUUUGUAACCAACCAAAUUUACCCUCUGUAUUGGGGUCUUUUAAUGCUAAUCCAAACUUUUUGGCAUCAGCAAAGCGUAUUGCAAAUUUUGCUAGCGUAAAAGAGCCCCUUGAGUCUGACAAGAUCGUCUAUGUUGACGGGAGCUGGGACAUUUGCCAUCCCGGACAUAUUGAACUUCUUAUUAAGGCUAAAGAACUUGGUGACUAUCUGAUUGUCGGAAUCCAUGAGGAUCAAUGUGUCAACCAAUAUUUGGGUAACUCUUAUCCUUUAAAUACUCUUCAUGAAAGAGUUUUGAAUAUUCUUGCUUGAAGAUACGUCGAUGACGUUAUUAUUGGCGCUCCUUUCAAGAUUACCGAAAGGUUAUUAAGAGAUCUUAAUGUAUCAGUAGUGGUGAAGAGCCUCGAUUUUAUUCAAGGAGGGAUGCUAAGCUGAGCAUUGGAUUUAAAGCCAUACGAAGUUCCCUACACCAAGGACAUCAUCUCAGAAGUUGAGAUAGAGUCAACUCUAACUCUCCAAGAAAUUGCCAGAAGAGUCGGAUCAAAUAGAGAGGCAAUUGCUCAAAAGGUGCUAAAAUCGGCAGUCAAACAAGAAGCUUUUGAGGAAAAUGCAAAGUAUAUCUCUGAAAUUAGAUAAUUCAUAAUAGGCUUAGGACCAAUAUUUAAAUAUUCCCACCCUUCA